AUGAUAAGUGUAAAAAAUGAAUUAGCAUAUAAUAAUCCUUUUUUUACUACCUUAAAAUUAAGAAAAUAUUUUAACAUUAUUCCAAAAAACAAUGAAAAACGAGAGAAAUUUUUAAAAUUUAAUAAAAAAUGUACGCAUGAAGGAAAAGUAAUAGAUAAUUAUAAAGACAAUGGAAUGAUAAAUUACAGAAGGAUGGAAGUAAAUAAACUUUUAAAACAUAUGUUACAUAAUUUAAAAGAUAAAAAAAUGAAAGAAAAAGGAGAAAAUAAUAAGAUUGAAGAAAUAGUAAAAUAUUUUUUCAAUAAUGAUAUAAUUACAAAUAAUUUAAAUUUUAUUCAAUUUAAUAUGUUACUUACUAUAAUAAAUAAAAGUGAAAUAAAACUAAAUAAUAAAAUAUUGAAUGAUAUAAUUUUGUUGUUACAUAAAAAAAUUGAUAUAAUUAAAAGUGAUAUUAAUAAUACUAACUCCUCUUGGAUAAAUAUAAUUAAUAUACUUUCUAACAUUUCAAAAAAUAAUAAGUUGAUUUUAUGUUUAAUUCAUAAACAUCUAGAUAAUGUAAAAAAUAUUGAAAUAAAAAAUAGAGGUUUGUCCUUUGUGGAUAAAUUUAUAUAUGUAAUAACAUGUAAAGAGUAUAAUUAUUCUAUUAGAGAAAUUUCUUUGUUAUUAUAUAGUUGCUAUAAAUUGAACAUAAGAAACACAGAUUUGUUUAAUUUUAUUUUUGAAAAAAUUGAUAAAAAUAAUUACAUAUUCAACUGCUUAGAUAUAAGCAUCUUUGUGUAUUCAGUUCAUAAAUUAAAACUACAUAAUUUUAUUAUAUUUCUUGAAAAAAUAAAAAAAGACAUAUUAAAAAAUUUAUUACAUUUUUCUAGUGGCCAUUUAAUAAAUAUAUUAUUAGCAUAUACAUAUUUUUUUUAUAACAAAAAAAUAUAUUCAAGACAAAUAGAAUUAUUUAUAUAUAAAAUAUUUAAUAGAUGCAUAGAUAUUUUAAAUUCAUUUCCUAAUAGAGAGUUUUGUAAUUUCUUGAAUUUCAUAAUUCAAAAUGAUUUUUAUAUGAGUGAAAAACAACAAACUGAAAUUUUAAGCGUCAUAUCAAACUUAAUAAAUAAUAAUAAUAGCACAUUAAAAAUCAAUUUGAUGAUAGAUAUAGACAUUUUUACUAUAGUAAAUUUUAUAUAUAAAUAUAAAAAUGAUUACAUAAAAAAUAUAAAUGAUUCUGUUUUUAACAGUUUAGAUAAAUGUAUAAUUAAUUUGAUAAAAAAAAAAAAAAUGAACGAAAAUUUACUAAUUUACUUACUACAUUUUUAUAAAUGUAGAGUUAAUGUUAGUAACAGAAUUCUAUUAUUUUUUCUUGAAAAUAUUUAUAUCUAUAAAUUAGAACUAAAAAUGAAAGUUAUUUUAUUAACAUCCAUAGAAAGGUAUUUGGAAUUAAUUCAAAAUAACAAUAAAGAGAAAAUUUUAUUUAGUAAAUAUUAUUAUGAAUUGAUAAAUUGUAUUUAUGAGGAUAUAUGUAAUAUUAUUAACAAAAAAGAAAAUUCAUUUAUUGAAGAAAAUCAAAAUGAAAUUGAAGUAAGUAUCUAUAAAAAAAAAGAAAAAGAAAUACUUUCCUCAAUUGAUAUUAAGGAAAUAUUAAAAUUGCUUAAGAAAAGAAAUCAUGAAAUUUCUUAUUCUUCUAAUAUAUUAAAUAAUAAUUUGGAAAAUAAAAUAAAAAUUGUAGAAAAAAUGUUGUACAACAAAUUGAGCAAUUAUGUAAUAAAACAAAAAAAUUUAGAAUUAUUUUAUUUUGUUUUAAUGAAUAAAAAUGUGCAUAAAGAAUUUUUAGACAAAUCAGAAUCAAUAAUUAAUAGUUAUAUUAGUAUUUUAAAUAAAUUUAUAUUGGAAUUAAAAAAAAAUAAUAGAAGUGAAAAUAAAUUACAAGGUAGUUUUAUACAUGCCUUAAACUUAUGUAAUGAAUGUAACUUAAUUAAAAGGGGCAACAUUAAUAACUUUUUAAACAAUAAGAAUAUAAUAUUAAAAUACAUGGAUGUUUUUAAUUUGUAUGAAGAAAAAGAUAAUUAUUUUAAUUUAUAUGUGCAUAUGUUUUUAUUUGAUUUGAAUAACAACUUACUUCUUUUUAUCAGUUAUUUUUUUAAAAUAAUUCUUCGAUGUUUGAGAAACAAAGAAUUUAAUUUUGAAGACAAGUUGCAAAGUCUUGUUGAUAUAUAUUCAUCAGUAAUUAAAGUAAAUAACAAUUAUUAUAAUAUAUAUAUAAAUACCAUUUAUAAAAUAACAUUUUUUAAGGUAUUUCAUAAUUAUAAGAAGUUAAACUUUAAAUAUAUGUCUCUUUUAUUUUAUUCUAAUAUAAUGCACAUAUUUUUACAUAUGUAUUCAAAAAAUAAUUAUAUUAAUCACAUAAUUCUAUCUCUCAGACUGCUAUUGAGGCAAUUUGUUUAUUUUUUAAAUUUAUUGGAUGAAAAUAUUUAUAAUUUAUUUUUAAUUAAUUUUAGAGAAAUUACAAAAUAUCAUAAAAGAAAUAACGAAACACAAAUAUCAUCUUUAAUAUCUUUAGAUGAAUUAAUUUAUAUAUAUAGAGUUUUAACAAUUUUUCAUUUUGUUAAUUUAUAUAAAUAUAUGAAUAACUAUGAAUUAGAGUGUUUUUAUAUUUUUUAUAAAAUUUUAAAAUUUUAUAUUUUUAAAAUUAAAAACUUUUCCAUAAAUGAUUUUACCCAAACUCAUAAAAAUGUUUCAAGCAUUCACAGCUCUGUUUUAAAUUGCUUAAAUGGAAUUUUUAAAAAUAAUACAAGAAUAAAUAUAUUAAGUGAAAAAAUUGUAUUCCCUUUGUUUAUUAUAGACAUUUUAAUUUAUAAGAAUUAA